CCAAACUCCAGUCUCCCAUAAUUAUGAGUGUUAAAUCGCAGCGCAGGACUUUGGGAAGCCUGAUGAGACUGUGUUCAUGUGUGUGUUGCAGGCGGAUGGUCAGUGAGGCAGCCAUGCGAGGCCAGCGUGUGGUGGAGAACGAGUGUAGGUGCUGGAACCCGGCCAUCUGGCUCCUGGCGUCCCUGCUGGGAUCCCUCGUCUUGGUGGCCGUCAGUGUUCUGAGAAACGGAGACUUGAAAAUAACCAGACGAGCUGUAAACAUUUCAGCCGAUAUGCCGAAGCAGUACCAAGUACAACUGGUUAACGGACUGAACAGGUGUGAGGGUAGAGUGGAGGUAUUCUACAACAACUCAUGGGGCACAGUGUGUGACGAUGAAUGGGACAUGGUGGAUGCCAACGUGGUGUGUCGGCAGCUAAACUGUGGAGUGGCUGUGGCAGUGGGCAGCAGCUCUAGGUUUGGACAAGGCACAGGGCCGAUCCUGCUCGAUAACGUAGAUUGCAGAGGAAAUGAAAGAAACCUCAGAGAGUGCCGCGCUCUGGCCUGGGGCGUCCACAACUGUUACCACUAUGAAGACGUGGGUGUUACUUGCAGAGUGGUGGGAGCAAAGGGUUUUCGCACAACACCGCCCCAGGAGAACUACGGUUUACGUGAUGGCACCAUCCGUCUGGUGGAUGGAUACAACUCGUGCCAGGGCCGGGUUGAGAUCUUCUACCAGGGAGACUGGGGGACAGUGUGUGAUGACGAAUGGAGCUUUGAGAAUGCCUGGGUGGUGUGCCACCAGUUAGGCUGUGGCAGAGCCAUCCAUGCACACAGUAACUCUUACUUUGGCUACGGAACGGGUCGGAUUCUCCUGGACAAUGUCAACUGCUACGGUUCUGAACAGGACCUGACUAGAUGCAAAAGCCUGCCCUGGGGCAACCACAACUGCGGGCAUCAUGAGGACGCUGGAGUCACGUGCACUGGAACCAGCACUAUACCUCCUUUGGUAACAGACAACCAGAGAGGGAUUUGGGUAACAUACACUAGUGAAGCAACAGAAAGCAUUCCAGUCACCAAUGCUCCAACUACAACGACUGUCACCACAACUGCCCAGACAAAAGGCAACCCAACCAUUCGUCUGGUCAAUGGUAACCAUAGCUGUGAGGGUCGUGUAGAGGUCCUAUACAAAAAUAUUUGGGGGACAGUGUGUGAUGAUGACUGGGACAUGUUCAACGCUAACGUGGUGUGCAGGCAGGUAGGCUGUGGCCCAGCUUUGGGGGCUAUGACACAGGCUCACUUUGGCUUCGGUUCUGGUGUCAUCCUGCUGGACAAUGUGGAAUGUAGUGGCUUGGAACGGGAGCUGUCCCAGUGCUCCCACCUGGGCUGGGGUCAGCACAACUGUCGCCAUCAUGAGGAUGCUGGAGUUAUCUGUGCACCUUCUAAUUUUUACUAUGGAAAUGGACGUGACUUUAGAGCAACAGAGAAGAUACCUGCCACCCCCACUUCAGAACCAUCUGAAGGAAUGCUGAGACUGGUGGGAGGCCAGCACCAGUGUGAUGGUCGCAUAGAGAUUUACUCAAAUUCUGAAUGGGGCACAGUGUGCGAUGAUGCUUGGGAUAUCCCUGACGCUCAGGUUGUGUGUCGCCAAGUGGGCUGUGGCGAGGCCACAGCUGCUCGGGGAGAAGCUUUUUUCGGGCCCGGCACAGGCAAAAUCCUGCUGGACAAUCUCAAGUGCACCGGUAUGGAGGGCACCCUGCAGGAGUGCUCCCAUAUAUCCUGGAACGUGCACAACUGUGACCACUCUGAAGAUGCUGGCGUCACCUGCUCACUGUCGUGAUUUGAGCAGAACCACACUCCCAUCUCCACCAUGGGUAGGAAGUGGGCGUACUGAACCUGGGACUUGUAUACAUUAUGUAAAUAACAGCUUUCACAUUGCUGAAGGAGUACUCCACCACCAACCACAUACAAAAAAACUAAUAUGACAAUAUAUGAUGACAUACUUUUAACUAUAUAUGCCUAUUAAGCACUUUAUAAAUAAAUAUAUGAUAUAAAAUACAAUGUACACAGUUUUUUUUGUUUUGACAAACCAAAAAUGUACUGUACGUGUGAUUUUUUGUUAAGUUAGGUUAGGAAUAUCGGAGGAAGGGCAGUUUGGAUGAUGAGACACAUGGGCUUCAGCUCCAAUCUUUUUGCAAAUAUGUAUGAUAUACCAAACAGAAACCUAAAUGGGAACAAAUGAUAUUCGAACAUACAGUAAGAUAACAGACACAUACAUAAAUAAAUGUGUUAUAUGUUGUGAAUAUGCA